AUGGCGGACCUCAGCAUUCGAGGCAUGUGGGAUGAAGCUGGCAGGCGAUUCCAGGCCCGCACGCAAAAGUCUCUCGAUCUAAAGCCCCCCAAAAGUAUAGACGACAUUCGGGACAUGAUAGAACGCCGAUAUGACCCUUCAUCUCCGGCGGACUCGGACGGAGGCCAUGAAGGAGCGAAACGGAUCGGCUUAAACAUCCUAUCCUGUUUAAAGCUCUUGGGUGGAGUAGCAGCUCAAGGAGCGGAGUUGGUAUUCCAACCUGCGGGUGUUUGUUUCAACGCCAUUUCUCUACUUCUCGAUGUCCCACAAUCGAUCCACGAGUUCCAUGGCACAAUUGACGCCGUCUUCGGAAUUGUUGGCCCCACCCUCAGUCAAUUCAAGAUUUAUGAGAGGAUUGAACUGUUCAACACAAUCGACCCGGAGUUGAAUACUGCCAUACACAAGGUUAUGAUCAGUUUUGUCGACAUCUGUGCAUUGGCAAUCGGGCUUCAGAAAGGCAGCCGGUGGAAACGGUUCAAGGCAGCAACGAAGCAGGCCUUACUGAAUGAUGACUCUGGCUUGAAAGAUGAGAUUGAUCAAUUUGAGAAGCUCGUCAAGGGGCAACAGAAUGUCCAAGCUACCUUGCCUUUAGAGGUGGCUCUGAGUGCCAAAGCAGACCUUGCUACCAUCCUGGGCAAGGCAUGUGAGACUGGCAAACGGAUCGAUGAUAUUGCGCUUGGCAUCCUAGACCUGAAAGAAGCAGAGACAAAUCGCAGUUUGGAGAAGUCGAGACAGGAAAACCUCGCAAAGAUUCGAACCAAGCUGGCGAUCGAUGAGAAGAACAUCAAGGCCUCCAAAGAUGUCUGCGAGAAGACAUGGCAAAGAUGUAUAACAGACAGUGGCAAUUGGCUUCGAGACAUGGGAGACUACAAGAAAUGGUCUGACAAGUCUACCAACGAUGCAAGUCCAUUGCUGCUGCUGACUGGUGAAGCGCACUCGGGAAAGUCGAGUGCAAUGUCGACCAUAGUACACCAGCUCAAGGCUGCCCAUGAGUCUCGGGGCCAAUCCACGGCCCGAGCCCUUGUUGCUUAUUAUUUCUUCCCUUUCUUCGCCAAGAAAGCAGACGACGACAAGCGGCCGGGCACAACUGCGGUGCAAGACUCUGGUACUGCCAAAAGUAUGGCUGCAUUUUGUGACGAUAAAGACAGCGAAUCGUAUUUUUGGGAUUCUAGUUUCAAAGAUCUCUGGCGCGAUCUUAAAAUUGGGACUCCGAAGCCAGGAACCAUACAUUUCAUCAUCAUUGACGGCCUGGAUGGAUUGUUUGGAGGCCAUCCUGAAGCCGCAAAUCACUUUCUAGACAUGUUCGAGACAAUCCAGAGCCAGACGUCCACUGGUAGCGAUGGGACUCGGGUACGACUGAUUGUGAGUGGGAAAAGCGAUAAUUUCCAAAGAGAGUCUCUCCUAUCGGCCCCGAAUAUCGAGAUUGAGAAAUACAACGGCGCAGAUAUCACGUCGUACAUCUACGAGGAGCUGAAAAAGACAAAUCUUUUGCAAGGCGAAGAGUCUGAAACAACUCGUCUUCGAACAAAAACUGCUCUGGAGAAGAUCAAAGACUUGAUCAUGUCAGAUGGCUCAGAGGCCGAGAUGGAUACCAUUCUGGACGAGUCCAACCAAGAUAAGAGAACAAUCUCCGAAAACGUCAUUAGCGAACUACAGCAGUCUCUUAAGCCACAAUCCAUCGAAGAACUGAAUGAGCUUUUGAUAUGGAUCGUAUAUGGCUUUGUAUACUUUGACGCUGCCGAGCUGGAAGCUGCACGGUUCCUCCGCUUCGGAACUGUCUCUCUGCAGAAACUUGAGGACAAGCUGAAGGGCAUGUAUUCCAAACUCUUCUUCUCUCACUACGGAAAUGUGGCCAUAUUGCCAUCGAUCGAACCUCUCAUUACCAAAGAAAGGGACCGCCCACGGAUCAGCGAAGACGCGCCUAAAAUUUCCCUCAACCUGACCAUCUCCAAUGGCGACAUUACAACUGUGCAGAACUUUCUCUGGAGCUUUUUCCAGAAGUCCAUGGUCGAGAAAUUCCAAUUCGAACCUAUAUCUGGCCCUACGCGUUCCGCCGCCCGGGAAAUCCAGGUCAACGAGUAUGACGCUCAUCUCGCUAUAGUGAAACAGAGCCUGCGUUUUCUCACAUCUCCACCGGAUGAGAGGACGAAACUUCUGGGCACCUAUAUCGUUAGAGAACUCCAUGGUCACUUGGAGAGGCUUAAUCAAGCGGUUGGAUACGACCAAAUCCUUGCAUCUGACAAGAAGGAGAUUGGAGACGGUCUUUUUGGUCUAUUUGUGUCCGGCGAUGUGAUAGAGAAACAUUGGGAGUCGUUUAGCGAAAUUGAUUGGGUUAGCCAGAGUGACAGGAUUGAGAUAUUCCGCAACUGGCUAAAGGACCCGGACGCAAUUGGUCACCUUGGCAGACUUGACAAGGAUUGGCUCAGAGCUGUAAACUCGAGCCAGAGGCCCAACCGGGAGCUUCUUACCCCUAUGAUGAAGACGGUUGCGGAGCAUUGGCUGCUAGAUAACAAAUGGCAUGCCGGGACCUGUUUUAAUGCUUUGCGGCUGUUUUUGCGACUCGACACAUUGGAGAAGCCAUCCGAGGAUGAAUCAGCUGUACCAAUGCCUAAAGCUAUCUCUGAAGAGCUUGAGGCAGCCGAGAAAUGGUGUCAGGAGAUCCUGUCGCCGAAGACCUUGGGCUCUCUCUGUGAGUGUGCCGACGCAAGCCUCAGCUGCUUCAAGAGCCUGGCCGAAGCAUACUACGAUAACGACGAGCUUCUCUCAGCAUGCUCGGCGAUGGAAAAGGCGCUCGAUGUGGUCAACGCGGCCGAGACACCGGAUAAAGACGAACUGAAAAUCAUCUACAUACGCCUUGCAUAUUGGUAUAACCACUUACAACAGCCAGACCGCGCUAUAGUUCAUUAUGAAAAGGCACUGGAAGUAGACCCAGAUAACCAAGAGGCCCUCAGCGGCAUAUUGACGACCUCUAUUGCGUCUGGUGCUGAGCAAGCGGUUUAUAAUCUCAUACUCAGCAUGAGUAAAUUAAACUCCAAAGAGCCUGGCCUCGACCAACUGGCCUCUACCCUACUCGAUCAAGCACUCGAUUAUAGCUACAAAGCACCACUGCGCACUCUGGUCCACAGGUGUCUUUCACAGCAAGGCUGUAUGGCUGCCUUACUAGAGGCGAUGGAUCAAGCAAUUGAAGCGGCGCGGAAGAAGGGUAUGGAGAUUGAGCUUCUCGCAUUGCUGCUUCUCCGCGGCCUAGCCUCUCUUUUUAGUGACUUGCAACAUUCCCAAUCAUCGCCGCAAGCAGUGGCUUUCUGGACUGACGGCUAUACUACCAUGGACCAGCUCAUCAGGAAGGCCGACAGUGAAGAAGAGUUAAAUCUACCAGAUCCUUCUGAAUACUAUCUCAAGUUGGAAGAGCUGCGGCGUGGUUUCCGCUUCCCUGGCAUUGAAGGGAUACACGCAGCCGACCUAUUCACCUCUGCCUUUCACACUCUCCACGGCAACAGAACUGCAGCCAGAGAAACAGUGAAGCAGUAUAUGCGGAUUUCCAUGGACAAUUUAGCUGACGACACUGAUGAGAACGACUACUGGGCGGCGUACAUUCAGUUUAAAUGUCUUGCAGCCUCCGGAGAUGACUUAGACGCAUUGACGGCUUGGUCUCUACUUGAGCCCAUUGAAACCGAUGUUGUCGCAAAAGCACUUAAUCUCGAGGUUGGGCCUCAGCAAUGGCUCAUUGAUGAAAUGACCAAAUUCGUCAAGGCAAAAUGCCCGCUCGGAGCCACGCAGAGUGACAGAGUGAAUGCGGUCAAGACCGAACUGGAGGCUCGACUAGCCGCAUCAAACAAAGAAGGUGAUGAAUCCGAGCAAGCAGAAUUACGUACGGAUAUUCAGAAGGCUCUGGCAGUUUUGGAAUCAGUGCAACUGCCGGAAGGAAGCAUGACAAGUGAAACCUCUGGAGAAGUGACCAUCGCGCCCUUGGAGAGCAAAGACAUUGCGAAAUCGUUUGGUUAUACUUGCGACGGUACAUGCGGCGAAACACCGUUGGACUUUAACAAUGGCUUGAACGUAUGCAAGUACUGCUGGGACGUAGGUUUCUGCGACGAGUGCUUGCCUCAGCUCAAGGCGAACAAGCUGAAGAAGAUUGUGUGCAGCCCUAGUCAUGAAUGGCUGGCAAUCCCCAAGUGGAAUCCUAGAGGCAACGCGGCUGCUCGGGAUGGCAUAGUUCAGGUAGGUGGAGAGUUGGUUGACGGUGUCCGCGUGGGUGGUGAGACUGUAACGGUGAAGGAGUGGUUGGCUUCACUGAAGAAGGAGUGGGAAUUGUAG